AUGGCCGAAUCCUCCAUUCGGUCACGAGGCAAGGAGAGCAUCGCAACUCGUGAUACAUAUGCAGCAUGGCCAAUUCUUUCGCAGGAUCUCAGGUGCUAG